CACCAGUCCACCACCACCGCCACAACCUCCUCCUUCUCCUCCUACUUAUAAGCACCAGCCAUGGCGACGGCCAACCCACAACAGCCAGCCCCAACCGACAUGGCCUCCGGUUCCUCGUCGACUACGCGCAGCCGGCUUCCGGCGGAGGCAUGGAGCAAGGAGGAGAACAAGCGGUUCGAGUUGGCGCUGGCGCGCUACGGAGAGGGCACCCCCGACCGCUGGGCGCGCGUCACCCGUGCCGUCGGCGGCGGGAAGUCCGUCGACCAAGUGGUGCGCCACUACGAGCGACUCCUCGACGACAUCAAGCUCAUCGAGACGGCCACCGAGCCGUUCUACCACUACCCCACCUACAACGCGAACCGCCGUGGCGGCCCCGCCUCCACCGCCGCCGCCGGCGACCAGGAGCAAAGGCUGAGGAUCUUGAAGAUCUAG